UAUAGACCACUAUUUUGUGCCAGUGUUUAUGGGGCUCGUGGGAGCACUUGUGUGCUGAAGGAAGGCAAAGAGAGAACUACCAAGUUUGUAGAAAGUUUCACUGUUGCUCCUGAGUAACUAGUUGCUUUUUCCUGGCAAUCAAGUAGUCAAAGCUCAUUUUUUGAACAAUGAAUCAUUCUUUCCAGGACACUGGCCCUUGCGGCACACACGGAGAUGGAAAGCUGUAUGUUGUGGAUUCCAUAAAUGACUUAAACAAACUAAACCUCUGUCCUGCCGGAUCGCAGCACCUGUUCCCGCUGGAGGAGAAAGCCCCAGGCCUUGGCGCUAACUCCAGAAACGGAAGCAGGAGUCUGUUUUUUGUGGGGCUGCUAAUUGUGCUGAUUGUCAGCCUGGCACUGGUUUUCUUCGUGAUAUUUCUAAUAAUUCAGACUGAAAACAAGAUGGAGGAUGUGUCAAGACGAUUAGCAGCCGAGGGAAAGGACAUAGCUGAUCUUAAGAAAAUCAACAAUAUGAUCAUGCAGCGACUCAACCAACUGGACUCCGAACAGAACUGAAAAAAAUGGUUUUCCAAGAGCAGCUGCUAGUCUCUGGAGCAUCCUACUUUCCCAGGAGAGUUCAGGGUUAAGAACUGAGAAAGUGCACUUCAUCAGGUGGGAGAUUUGAUCAGCAGUACCAGGUCUGGGUGAGGGAUGUGAGCAGUUCUGAGGCAAGCAGGGUUGGAGUCAGCAGCUGGAAAGGGGUGAGCUUAGUCUCACUUUCUGGUAGGGUGCUUCAGCUGUAAUGGGGUCAGGUGGGUGCCUAGCAAGGGAGAGAACCAGCGGAAAGCAGGAGGAUCCUGUUACACACUGAGCCCUUCUCUUGAAAGAGCUUGGUCUGGAGUUCACUGUGCCAUUGAGGUUCAUGGUACCUCACACACCUUUGCAGAUUCCUGUGAAAGCCUUUGUAGCAAGCUGGGUGGGCUUCAUAGCAAGUUGCUGCCUGGUGAUUGCUGGUGAAAACAUGGAUUCCAUGUGCUAGGACCACGGAUCAACAGAAAAAGCCUAAUUAAUUCAACUGAUAUUUAUUAUCUGCCUAUGCAGAUCACCCUACUCUAGGGGUGCUCACCUGCAAGUGUGGGAAAGGGGAGAUGCACGAGGCAUUAGAUAAACUUUAUUUACCUUCUCAUGAGGAAGAUGUUGCCUUAGUACCCUUUUCAUUGAUUUGGAAUAAACACAAAAUAUUGUACUUACCGAUUUUUUGCACU